AGCCACACUCUUAACAUGAAAAUCAACUAACUAACCUCUUCUUAUCCUCUGCCCCUACCCUGCAUUAAGAACAGAGUCCUCUGUUUAGUGUUUAAUACUACAAUGCCUUUCUUCUAUCUUCUUGUACUAUCACUACUCACAAUUUGUUCUAAUGCUCAGGGUCCACCUUCACCUGGCUACUACCCUAGUUCCAAAACUAGUCCUAUUAGCUUUGGUCAAGGAUUUAGAAACCUUUGGGGACCUCAGCAUCAGAGAGUGGACCAAACUUCACUAACAAUAUGGCUUGACUCUAACUCAGGGAGUGGAUUCAAGUCACUUCACUCAUAUAAAUCUGGAUACUUUGGUGCUGCAAUUAAGCUUCAACCUGGCUAUACUGCAGGAGUUAUUACUUCUCUCUAUCUUUCAAAUAAUCAAGACCAUCCAGGAAACCAUGAUGAAAUUGACAUUGAAUUUCUUGGAACUACACCAGGUAAACCAUAUGUGUUGCAGACAAAUGUAUAUAUAAGAGGAAGUGGAGAUGGGAACAUUAUAGGAAGAGAGAUACAGUUUCAUCUUUGGUUUGAUCCAACUCAAGAUUUUCACAACUAUGCUAUUCUAUGGAAACCCAGUGAGCUAAUAUUUUUAGUGGAUGAUGUUCCCAUAAGGAGGUAUCCUAGAAAAAGUGAUGCCACAUACCCUUCAAGACCAAUGUAUGUGUAUGGAUCAAUAUGGGAUGCAUCCUCUUGGGCAACAGAAGAUGGAAAGUACAAAGCAAAUUAUCAGUACCAACCCUUCAUUGGAAGGUACAAAAACUUCAAAUUACAAGGUUGUACUAUUCAAUCCUCUGCCUCAUGCAAACCACCCUCUACCUCUUCUUUUGGGUAUGGUAGCCUUAGUCCUCAACAAUAUGUGGCCAUGCAAUGGGUCCAAAAUAAUUACAUGGUGUAUAAUUAUUGUCAUGACCCCAGAAGAGACCACAAUCUUAUCCCUGAGUGCUAAGUAUCGUGUUUAAAGUGAUCAAUUUUUAUUUGAAGUUACAUUUGACACGCUCUGGUUAAUUGAAAUUUUACAGUUCCAUUAAAUUUAUGUGUGACUACAAAAUUUAGUGGAAUUUGUAUAAAUUUUAAUUAAUAAAAUGAAGUGUGUUAAAAAAUUUAUUAUUAGCACUUAUAUACUCUUAAUAUUUUAUGAAAGAGUUUGAUAUGAAGGGGUGGUUUUUGUGAUGGUCCUGUUUGGUAAGUGAGGCAAGAGCGGUUGAACAUCCAAGCCUUCCUAUUAUUGGAAUGCUUUUGUUGUUUUUUUGUGUUGUGUUGUGUUCUUGUUUGGGUCCUAUUAAAUAUUCUUGUUGAAUAAAUUGAUUCGGAUGAUUUCCAAAAUCUUUUAUGUGUGCGGGUGUGAAAAUAAAGAAAGGACAUGUUGUACUAUAUUCAAACUAUUUGAAAUAAAUAUCUUUAUGGAAUA